UACUCACACUCCUCAACCUGUUUGAAGCUAGGGCAGCAGCCAUGGGUGUCAAGGGUGGUGGUGUCCUGUGGUGUCUCCUGCUCGCCGGGCUCCUUCUCCUAGCCGUGGCCUGCGCGGCGGAGCGGGACACGGAGAAGGAGAAGGAGGAGGAGAUCCGGUGGUGCAAGGAGGACUGCGACUGGAAGGCGGGGCAGGACACCGGGAAGGCCAGGGAGUGCAAGGAGCAGUGUGAGCGCCGCCGCCACGGCCACGAGCUGCUCCAGGAAGACGGCGACAGCUUCGACAGCUGUGUGAGCAAGUGCCGGGGCCAUGGGGGCUGGUGGGGAAAGGAGCGGUGGGAACGGUGCAGGCAGAUAUGCAGGCAAAGCCAAGAAGGGGAGGGGGGUGACGAGGGCGACAACACCGACGACAGGUGCGAGAGGAUGUGCCAGCACUACCACGACCGCCGGGAGAAGAAGCAGUGCAUGAAAGGCUGCAGAUAUGGCGAGUCCGACCUCCUCAGCUCCGACGACGGCCAUGAACACGGAGACCGCUGCCAAACACAGUGCAAGCGCUUGCGGCCCGGGUCAUACGACAGACAGCAGUGCGUCGAAAAGUGCCAGUGCCAGCAGAAGGAGGACGAGGAGGUGAUGAACCACCACGGCGGCGGUGGCCAUGGCCACGGCGGCAGCAGCUGCGAGCAGAAAUGCCAGCAGCGAUACCGCCAUGAGUACGACAAGCAGCAGUGCGUGCGAGACUGCAAAAGCGGCGGUGGCGGCGGCGCCGGUGGGCGUGGCCGCGAGGGCGACGAGCGCCAGCACGGCAGGGAGAUGGUGGUCGAAGCCAUCCUCGAGGAGGUGUAGUGUAACGCCUCGCCUCGAUGAAAGUAGCCAGCUCAGCUCUUUCCAGGAUCCUCGACCUUUUUACCGCUCCUGCAUCUUGCUAUGCGUACGUGGUAGGUGCAUGUGUGAACUAGAAUAAAUCGCGGUAACUAGAAAUGGCUCUCUAGCUUGGAGAGAGCCGAUGUACGAGGAAUCAAUCUGGAAAGUUAUGUGCUAUAUAUAACGAGGCUAUGAACUCAUCUGCACCCGGUAAA